ACAGCAUUUCAGGACUUAUUUGCUUGCCUAAGAGUUUUAUAGAGAGCUUGAGAGCAGUUCAGAAGGUGGAGAUUAAAAAAUGCCUGGAGCUUACUUGUUUAUGGGAGGAAGGUACCGAGAUAGAAAACCUUGCUCGUCUUGAGAUAAUGAACAUAGAGAGCUGUCCUCUACUUGUUUCAUUAACGGGGAAAGAACAGGGCCUUCUUCGUUUCAAUCUUAAACGUUUCACCCUCUCAAGCUGCAAGGCUCUAGAGUCAUUGACUGAUGCGAUGAUGAUGGAGGUAGAUGGAAGCAGUAGCAGCAACAACAUGUUGAGACUUGAAUCAUUAAGCAUCUACAAUUGUGAUUCUCUCAAGUCUUUACCCAAUACCACGGUUAAACACUCCACAAUUAAUAGAUGUGUCAAUUUUGAGUCUUUACCCAACACCACGGUUAAACACUCGACAAUUAAUAGAUGUGUCAAUUUUGAGUCUUUACCCAACACCACGGUUAAACACUCGACAAUUAAUAGAUGUGUCAAUUUUGAGUCUUUACCAGAUGGAGUAUUAUUGCAAGAUGAUGGUGACAGCAAUAGCAAUCUUGUAUCUUUGACAAUAGAUGGACUUCCAUCUCUAAAUUCUGUUGAGAGUGGUAAUCUGCCAGCUUCUCUCAAGGAAUUUAUUGUUUAUAAUGGCAAGAGGUUGGAAUCAUUUCCAGAGAGGCUGCUGCAACAUUGUAGGGGACUUGAAUCCAUUCGAAUUGGGGAUUGUGAAGUAUUGAGAAGCUUAUCACUUGAUGGCCUCAGCAAUCUUCGUGAUUUGGGGAUUAGCAAGUGUGCACUUUUAGAAUUCUUCCCAGAGAUGGGCCUCUCCUUGCCCAAUCUUAGAUCUUUGAGCAUUGAAGAUUGUCCACGGUUGGAGCGCAUUCCAGAUGCGGGUUUGCCCUUAAACUUAACAGCGCUUGAAUUAAAAAAUUGUCAGAAUCUCAACUCCCUACCAAAUACAAUGAAUGAGCUUACAUCGAUUCGGAACCUGAGGAUAAAUGAUUGUCCAGGCAUCAAAUCCAUUUCAAAUUGGGGUUUUCCCCCAAACUUAACAGAUCUUGACUUAGACGGUGAGCAUCUGAAGCAGCUGGCAGUGGGACGGGGCCUCCGCAAUCUUACCUCUCUUCAUGGCUUUAACACGUGUCAUCCUCCGGAUAUUGUGCUUCCUUCUUCUUUAACAUCUCUCUGGAUGCAUAAAGCAAAGAAUCUGAAAUCCAUACCUAGUGGGCUCUUCGAAAACCUCAACUCUCUUCAAUUUUUAGGGAUUUAUUGGUGCCCAAAACUACGGUCCUUGCCGAGGAAAGGCCUGCCACCGUCGCUUGUACUUCUCUACAUCGUUGGGUGUCCGCUUCUAAAACGACAACGCUUUGAGGAGAAAGGAGAAUAUUGGUUUCUCACCCGUACCAUCCCUUACGUCGAAAUAGAUACAAACAAGGAUAGCUUCCUCUUCUUCUUCUUCUAAUUGUUGGAAGCUAACUUUUCUUACACAUAUUCAUCAGCUAUAACCACCAAAGCCAAUUGUAAGUUAAGUGAAAUUUGGAAUGAAGCUACAGACUUAUUAUUGAGAUUGUUGGAAAGUGAAUUUGAGUGUUUUGCACUAGGCAUUAAGGAUGGUUUCCUUG